GUGGUAUAGAAGCGUUGUAUGUAAAUAUUGUCAGAGUCGAGGACGCAACCGGAGCGUUUUUCAGGACAAGUGCGCGCCCGGACAAAGCAUCCACACUGUACCUUUAAAAUGACACAUUGGAUUUACAGUGUGCCAAGCCGCGAUUGGUCUAUUUUUUCUAUGUCAUGAAACGCUCAACCAAUCAUUGUACAGUUGAGUUACCGGUACCCUGGAAGUUCCUCUUCUGAAGUGAACUGCUACAGUGCAGCAAAAUAAACUGGGCGGAUUUGGAUUUGGUGUGUCAAGCAAGGGCGAUUUACACGAGCUGAGCCUUGUAAAAUGUUUACCUUUGCCUUUACAAUGGUCAGACAUGGAGAAACUAGAUACAACAAAGAGAAACUACUCCAAGGCCAGGGUGUGGACGCGCCUUUGUCUGAAAACGGGCUGAGGCAGGCAGAAGCUGCAGGCGUUUACCUACGAGAUGUGCACUUCACAAAUGUGUUCUCAAGUGACCUCCAGCGUGCAAAGCAGACUGCUUCCGUAAUUGUUGCACACAACAAUCACUGCCCGGGAAUAAAAGUAGUCUGUGAUCCAAAACUGCGUGAGAGAAGUUUUGGGAUUGCAGAAGGGAAACCUGUGAAGGAUAUGAAGAACAUGGCAAAGGCUGCAGGCCAGCAGUGUCCUCGUUUUACUCCUCCAGGGGGAGAGACUGAAGAACAGGUACAGUCUCGAGUGAAAGAUUUCAUGGAUUCACUCUGCCAGCAGAUUGUGGCCCAGCAUGCUUCGCAAUGCAGCCAAGGAAAGGAAGGAUUAGAGAUGCCCCACAAUAGUCUGGGGGAUACUUGUGGAAGUUCGUCCCCAGCCACAAACUGCUCUGAGUUACAUGAAGCCUUUGCAGACGCUGUAGAUGGAGCUGUGGACCUGCAGGUGCAUGUUCUGGUGGUCAGCCACGGCACCUACAUGAGGAACGUGGUGAAGUAUUUGGUGGAAGAGCUCCAGUGUACAUUGCCUCAGAGCUUGAAGAUGUCUCACGUAUUCUCAGCCUGUCCUAACACAGGGAUGUGUCGAUUUCGCAUUGCUGUCGAUCACAGUACUGGACUCUCCCCCUGUGUUGAUUGCAUUUUUAUUAACAGAAAUGACCACUUUUGAUCCCUGGAUACGCAUGAGUAGCUAGAUGGGUUUGUGUUAUAAAGUGUCUCAGAGCCCUGUGUCCAAAGAGCCACUCAGUCAGAGUAUCUGGUAGUGAAAGUGCAAAGUGAGAUGUGUGGGCGUCUCUUCGUUUGGAAUUAAACUUCCUUUCCACACCCCACCCCCCUCUAAUCCUCCUAACAGAGACCUGUCAAUCCCAAUGCCCUAACUCCAGAUGACCAGUUCCCGGUAUGGCAGUAUCUGAUUUUAUUUCUGUUUGACAAACUGAAACGCGGGUAUGGGUUAGGGUAGUUUAGUUCAAAGACAAUCUUUACCAGACUUCAAUCUUCUAAGAAAGGCUUGUUAGAAAAUAACUACUUAAAUUUGCAUAGGUUACAAACAUUAUACAUUAUUUAUUCUGAUGUGUACUGAAGGAUUUAAGCCUGUUCUCAGCCUGUUUCAUUAGGCAUAAUUAUUUGAGUUGGUUUAUCAGGUCACUGUUUAUUUUUUUACUGGAUUGCUGUUUGUGUUUUCAUUGUUUGAAACAUACAGUCCUCACAAGGAAAAGUGAUUGCCACAAUUACAGUGUUUGACCACUAGGUAGCAGUAGAAUCAAAAGUAAACUGAAUAUUUAAAAAAACAAAACACUUUUUGCACUUAUUUAGGAUGUGUCAUGCAUUGAUACAUUUUUAAGUUAUUGCAUUUUUAGGCAUAUUAAAUACAAAACAAAAUACCAGAACAAAUCUUUACAGACAAUAGUAAUGUCAAUUAGUAUUAAAAAGGGCAGCGUCCCUUCUGUCUUUGCUCAGAACAGUAAUUUAAACAUGUAAACAACAUUGCAUUACUGAAGAAGGGUUACUGCUUUAUUAAAAACUUGUAUUGUUAUUAUCCCUUUUUUUUAAGGUUGUAAUAAAAACUGGAGUUAUUUAUAUUCAA